AGAGUGUGUGAAACAGAGAGUGGAUGGAUUCCUCCCCUCCUCUGGCACUCCACAGGCGCUCAUUCAUUUAUUUAAGCCCGGCCGACGAGAGCAUGCCAAGCGGAGACUCCAGCGACGGAGUUCGACUUCCCAACAGGGAACAAGAGUGACACGUCCUCUGUGCUCUCACCUGCGCAGCAUCCGCGCAGCAGGACUCCACACUUUGGAAACCCGAGGACCCACAGGAGGGCAGAGGAACCUGUCGAUAUAUGGGCCCACAGCCCCGUGAGGCCCCUGGGAUGGCGUGCAGCGCGUGUUACUACCUGGUUAUCAGCUCCACGCACCUGAGCAAUGGACACUUUCGGCGCGUCAAGGGGGUGUUCAGAGGACCGCUGCGCCCCACGGCGAGCUGCGAUUCACCGGGGAGAGAACACACAGGGAGUGAUGGAUUUCCCAAGGAGCGUGCAGAGAGGGCUUUGGGCUGCUCAGCGGAGGAUCUGAAGGCUCUUUUCUACUGCGAGCUGUGUCACAAGCAGUACCUCAGACACCAGGAGUUUGACAACCACAUCAAUUCCUACGACCAUGCACACAAACAGAGGCUGAAGGAACUCCAGCACAGGGAGUUUGCUCGAAACGUGGCCUCGAAAUCGUGGAAGGAUCAGCGCAAGCAGGAGAAAGCUCUCAGACGUCUGCACCAGCUGGCACAGCUGCAACAGGAGACCCAGCGAGUCUCAGGAAGGACUUAUGGACUAAGAAGUGCAGUCAGGGCUGCAAGCCAGCAUCAUGAUAAAGAUGUGGACCAAAAAGACCACAGCUGGGAUGACAAAUAUGAACCCUUUAACCCUGCCCAGAUAUCCCCUCCUACUCAACCCAGGACAGCUCCUCUCAGCCACCAGCAAGAAUAUCCACACCAAUCUCCUCCUCGGACAGCGCCGCCCAAUGCUUCUGCACAGUCCUCGAUAAUAACACAUCAAGAAACAACUACAGACCCUCCUGCAGUGAACCCUCAGUCUUGCCUUGGCUUGUAUCCCCAGCUGCCUCUGUCUGGGCGGGGAAAGGCAGGCGGCAGGCUUGGGGUGUCCUUUUGUUUCUCCCGCAGGGGGCCAAGACUUGAGCCUUCUGCCUCUGUCUUUUCUGACCUGGAGGAGGAGGAGAGAGAGAAAAGGGAGCAAAUUAAAGAGAGGAUAAAGGGAAUAAUGGAAGAUAUUGACAGGGAAAUUGGGGCAGUAGAAGAGGGGAAACACAGUGAGAGUGAAAAGUGCAGCUCUGACAGUGUUGGACAGAGCAGCAUGGGGCUAAUCCCCUGUGAUUCUCUAAAAGAAGAAGGGAUUGAAAAAAGAGACAGAGAAAAAUUUCCUAUUCCCACAGAAACCCUUGAUAGUCAGAGCCAGGAAUCCCAGUUCUUGCCAUCCCCAACACAGGUGACCAUAUGGGGAACAAAAACAGAUAAUAAUGAGACAGAGAGAAAGAAUGUGACAGAAGGGUUGAGGGAGAAAAGUCAGUAUAUGUCGGUGCUAGGGAAAGAUGGCUCCACCUGUCUGAGAUGGCCUGUCAGUUUGCUUAAGUUCACCAUCUCUCAACCAAACAUCUGCUACAGCUGCAACCCGCUCUGCUCCAAUCCCCAACGACAAGAACGACUCACUGAGAAUCAGCAGGAGUCACAACAAAAUCGCUUGUGUGCUCUCUCAGAUGAGUCAAAUCCACGUGUGCCAGCUAUUCUUACACCAGGAACUCAUACCUGUUUACAAAGACAGACAAGACAAGAGCUGAGAGCAGAAACAGAGGAUAAAGCCGAGGCAAAUUUCAAGGCAGCGCAGUAUAUUGAUGUAGACACAGAAGCACACCUGUUCCUAAAGAACAGAAACCUUUCAUCAUCAGAAACAACACCAGAAAGAGGUAGACGCAUGCUAAGUAUAGAGAACAGUGUGAGGGCCGCCUCUAAUCCAUUUGACCCCACUCAUAGUGACAGCUCUGACACAAACCCCCAGAAUCCUCAGGGAGGAAGAUUAGGGGGUACGAGAGGGAUCAGGGAGAAAGCCAUCACAACUGUGAGCUGUAAAUCAGAGUCUGUCAUCCAGCCUGGCACACGGGGGACAUGCAUCAGCCCGUCCAGGUGUGAGUGUGGGAGUGAGACAAUGUGCGAGUGUGCCAAUGCUGCACAGCCGUACGUGGGUGUCUCAGAUGUGGUGCACAAAAAGAGAAAGAAAGGCAGCACGAAAAAACACAAGCUAGGGAAGAGGAAGAAGGAAAAAGAGUCAAAGAAGCGGCAAUCAGCAAGGUGCAAAGUAAGGAGCGUCAUCUCCACAGUCUCCAUCGGCAGAGAGAAGAAAGGAGACGCUGGAGGGAGCUGGGGGAAGGGGAGAAAGCAAAGAGGGACGAGGAAGAGAGCAGGGAGCAGCUGUCUCAUGGGGAGAUGUGACACUGAGCCAGUAUCUGUCUUUGUCAGGAAGAGGGGGUCUCACAGGAGCCACAGCACUGAAUCCCAGUCACAGGCAGACAGGGAGCAGGCAGAGAACCGCAGUACCUCCUCCCCGCUCAGCAGACACGCAGCAGACAAAAACACCAAGGGGGAGGGAAAGCGAGAUGGGGACAUGGUGACUUUUCCCUGGCGGUCUCACUUCUCUGUGCACUCCUUCUCACCAGGAUGUAACUCAAAGCUGUUUUGGGAAAGGGGUCACCAUAGCAACCCCAGGAGUUUCAUUGACUGCUGUUACCCUGACAACAGCUGUGGUUGCAGCCCGGCGAGAAAGAGAAAAUUCCUCCACAGGGACAGGAAAUUCAUUCAUAGUAAGAGGAAGAGUUUAAGGCGCAUGGAAGUCUGGGAGGAGACGGAUAGAGGCAGGAGAGUAAGAGGGCGAUCGGGCUGCAGAGACAGGGGGAGGAUUUCUGACACGGAGCAGUGGGAGUGGGUGAGAGGGAGUUUUCCUGGAGGUAGUGAUGAGGGUACAUCAAGACCUUGGUGGAGAUCAAGAAGCAGAGCAGAAGAGUGGGAUCAGGUGGCAAGGUUAAGUCCCAGUCCUAGCAGGUGGGGCAGGAGACGUAGACAUCUUAGCACAGAAGAUGUUGACUGGGACAGAUGGACAUGGGCCAGCAGUGACAGCUGGGAGGACUGGGGGACACACAGAUCUACAUCUAGAUCAAGGACGGGGGCAGACAGAGAUAGCCCAGGGUUUCUGUUGAAGAGUUCAAACACCAGAUGCUCAAGUUCAAGACAAUUCUCCAGCCCUGAGUGGUGGACAAGUAGACAGACUUACAGCCCCCAGAGUGGGAUCAACUCACGGGCAAGCAGAUGCCACAGUCCAAGAUCCUGCAGUCCAUGUAGCAGCACCAGCAUGUCUGAACUCAGCUUAGAGUGGAGUCGGAGCAGUACCUGCUCAGGAGUUGACAGAUUGUCUUUUGGUUCCUGUAGGACUUCCUUAAAAGCUCAAGAACUCUCAUCUAGUGAGGUGAAAAAGCAAAGCAGUCCCAUGUCCUUUUCUUCCAGCCUUACCUCUUGUUCAUUCUCUCAUUCUUCACCCCAGCGGACCUCUUCUGCUCCCACAGUCCAAGACCUUGACACAAAUCAUUUUGACGCAAGUUCCUCUCAAAAGAAUGAGCCUAGUCCACAGUCAAAUCUUGCAAAUGGUGACUCAACCUCUGUUACAUCAAGCAGAUCAAUCGCAACACUUCCAGCACAAUGCCCAAACAAGUCAUCUCCACAGAAACCAGCAAGGGCAUUGCUUCUUCCUCUCAUAGGGAAACUACCGUCAAUCCAGAGGAAAGCUAAAAGGCGAAAAGGACUACUGGAGAAGAGUCAGGAGAAGGAGGGAGAGGAGGUUGAGGAAGCCAAGGGAAGUGGACUGGAAGAGGGAAUAGUCAUCAGUCAGCAGAAAUGUCCUAUGGGAAUGGCUGAGUCGAGCUCCAGCAGCUCAGCAAGCCUCUCCUUGUCACAGAUUAGCACAGAUGACGAACAAACAGGUGGAAGGAGUGUUGCGCCAAUCAGCUUUACAGCUGAGGAGAUGGACAAAUAUCGCAUCCUGCAAGAACAGGCAAGAGAGCACAUGCAGAAAGUCCUAGAACAAACACAAGAGACUGCAGAGUCCCACACAGGAACAAACUACCCAGAAACGGCACAGUCAGACAACUCUUUGGACGAACAAUACCCACCUGCACCCUUGCACACCCAGUCAAUUCACAUGGACACAAUGCAAACACCAGUGCAACACACACAUCAUGUCAGUCUCCCACUUCCACAUACGACCCCACAGGAGAACUUUACUCAACCCAUUCCUCUCGGAGUCCCCAGUAUGCCCCCUCUUCCACCAUCUCCGCCUGUCUCAAACCUCCAUCAUAUCAUUUUGCAGCACACAGCCCUUUCCUUUCCCCCGUCUUCUGCAUCCUCAUCAAUCACUUCCCCUAUCCACCCACACCCAGUUCAGCUCCCUCACCCGCUGCCACCUCGACACCCACCAACCCUCCCUCAUCACCUUCACCUCUCCCCCUUCUCUAUAUCCUCCCUAUUUCCCUCCAUCCUACUCUCCCAUCACCCCAUCCCACUCCUCGCCCAAUCACCCACUUUCCACCCGGCUCCACUCGCUCCUCUUUCUCCGGUCGCCCUGCAACCGCUGAACCCACAGCCUUUCAUGGACCGAGUGUGGCCAGUGAGGUUUCAACAGAAGGCGUUGUGAUUUUUCAACAGAGUGGCUGCCAUGUUUAUUAAUCUUCCUUGGCAACACAGACGAGUAAGAGAGAGAGGGAAUUUUUAGUUUGGAUAAAAGCCGGCUAUUUGAAAUGGGGAUGUGUCAGUGCUUUUACGAGCAUCAACUCCAACUCUUAUUCACAUAUGCCCUUACACACAAAUGUGCACACAAACAUGCAUACACACACAAAGCAGCCAGGCUAUUGACUGUUUUCAAAUGAAAAUUUGUUUCUCCAUCUAGCCUUUGCUGUGUUGCAGCAGAUAGUGGGAAAACACACUUUGAUCCUUUGCUUUUUCCUUCGUUCCUCAUUCAGGCCCGCGAUAAAGGGAAAGGUGCACCUGCUAUUCAAAGACAAGCUGUGCUUGUGUCAUCCUCCCUCUUUCCCUCUGAACCACAGACAGACCAGAUGCCUUUUGAAGUAGCCUUCAUGCUAGAGACAGAGGUCCAAGAAAAAAGUGAUAAUGCUCCCUCCUUAUCACCAUUUCACACAGGUUAUCUGACUGAGAGUGUAUCUUUCAACAAACAAAAAUGAUGUUCCAGGGACUGAGGGUAUAGCACAGGCAUUUUAACCCUUCAAUAAACACAAUAUGUGUGCAAGAAAGAGGAUUUCAGGACUGAAACACACAUACA